GGGUGGGGGCGCCGAGGCAGCGGGGCCGGCCGCUGCACCUCGCGCCCCCGAGGUGGGGUCUGGUGCAGCCUGGCUGUGCCCACCGGAGGCGCAGGGGCCAGCCCUGCGGGGCCCAGGGAGGGGGUGCCCUGCGCGGGGCAGUGACAGCAGGGAGCGGCGCCCAGACCACGACCUAGACCAGGGUUGAGUGCGUCUGACCCUCGCCUCGCGGAGAGCCCGAGGGGAGACCCCGGAGAGGGCGGGGGAGAACCUCAUCAGGACCGGGACUCAGGGUGGGAACCCCCAGGGCGAGUGCAGGAAGGCCUGCGAGGGAGCCGUUCAGCACGGACCUGCCUGGGACGUGGGCGCUCUGGACCCGAGCGGGGACCUGACCGGGGUCAGGGAGGGGCUGAUCCUGGCCCUGACCAGGGAGCAGGGAGGGGGCAGUGGUGCAGAUGGAAAGCAGUCCGGAAGGUAGAACACGUGAAACGCUCAGAUCCGGUGGUUUGUCUUCGCUUGGAAGUGGUGGCCACGUUCUCGGGUGCGGUGAAUCCGUGCGCAAGGGAGCGCGGAGAGCGGCAUGGAGUCACCAGACGACAGCACUCAGAGCUGCCGCAUUCUUCCCAUGUUCGGCAGCUCUGUGGGAAAGCUGCAGCAGCUCCUGGGCAAGGGGGAGUACCUGCUGCUGAAGGACGUGCCUGUGUUUGAGAGCGACUUUAUCCAGAUCAACAGAAGAGGAGAAGUGAUUGAUGUGCACAGCGCUGUGCAGAUGAUGACGGUGGGCAUUGCAUAUACCAGCCGCCACCUCACAAUGCCCAAUGCCAUGCUGCUGGCACAGCCGGCUGUGAGCUGUGCAGCCAGGGCCAGAAAUGACCAAGAUACCCAGAGAAAGGACCUCAGGUCGACAGAGAGAUUGGAGCUGACCAGGCUGCUUCCUUUGAAGUUUGUCAAGUUAUCCAUCUAUAAUCAUGAGAAAAAACAGUUCCACUUGAAGCUUGCCACUGGCCGCUCUUUUUACCUACAACUGUGCCUUCCUUCAGAUGCGAGACAAGAUCUGUUUGCAUGCUGGGAAGACUUAGUGUACCUGCUGAGACCGCCAGUGGAGGCUUACAGUGGGACCCAGGCCCAACCUGCUGGUGACAUGGUCUCCAUACCUGGGUUGGAGGCAGAGCACAGGAAGAGCCCAGCAGUAAGCCUUUGCAUAGACUCUUGGAGAUGGGGCCAGGGUGAUUUGGAAGAGCAGCUGAGGCUUUUCCAGGCUGCUCUCUGAGGCUCACCAGGAGAAGGCAUUGCAUUUGGAAGAACUUGGGCCAAACAAGGCACCAUGCAGAGACCUUGCCACACUGGAAAGGCCCCAAGUGCUUCUGAAUAUCCGUGGCCCCUUAGAUGUCGGCUCCUCUGCUCUCAUAGCCAAUGUUCUAAUGCCCUCAACAGCAUCCCCACUGCCCAGGCCACUCUGGGACAAUUGCUACUACAACCCAGGUGGUCCGAUCUUUUAGGGGACACUUCCAAGUAUGAAAAGCCCUUCCUUAACUGGAGCUGCGCACUGAUUUUUCUUUGCAUCUGUGGCAUGCUUUGUGCACAUGUGCGCAGUUUGUUUCUGAAUAGGAGAAUGUAAAAGAGCAUAGCUCUUGGCCAGCAGUCUCACUCCUGGGACUCUUUUGCAGAAAUGCUAAGACAAGUGUAUAAAAUAGAAGUGCGAGGAUGCUCCCUGAAUGGCCACAGUGCUCUUCUGGCACUGGAGCUGUCCACGUAAAACUUGAGUGACCAUUGUGGGGGUGCCAUAGAGGGGAUUCCUACAUCCACUGGACUUGAUGACCUCAAAGUUCCUCCCAGUUAUAAGCUCUGGAGUGGUUCAGCUUCAAGAAGGCAAGUGACAAUCCCUUCUAGUCUCACUUACUUUCUUCUCUGCUUCCCUGUUUCUCCCCUCGGCACAGGCCAUGGAGCUCCACGGAGAAGGGGAUCAAGAUCAGGUCAAUAUCAGGAGCCUUUCCAUGGUCACUGAUGUGUCUGGGGCCACCUCUCUGUCUUAUACUGGUGGGGAAAGAAACCGACAAUACGCUUCAUACUGUAUGCGUAGGAACACACCGUCUGUCCCAAUCCAGGCACCUGCAGGGCCUGUCCAAAGGGCAGAACCAGGGGCAACAGUAACUCUCCAGGGCAGCAUGAGUGUGGUUGAAGGAGGGGAGGCAAUCAGCAGACCUGUUACAGACAGCACGGAAGGUCCGGAAAUGGGACCCUCCGUCUCGGCCUUUCAGAGUGAAGGCAACAUGAGCAAACAGGAUGGAGGCCAGAGAGUCUCCCCAGUCCAGGCUGAAGCCCCAAGGAAGAGUAAGGGAAAGGAGAGAACUCCCACUGAAAGGCUUUACCGUCUUAAUAGGAUGUGGGAAAACAAAUCAUUCCUGAAAUCACAUGGAACCCCUCGGGGAGAUAAAAGAGAGAACCAGAGCAACCUAAAGGAGCGAGGAUAUGGCUCCCUACUCCAGGAAUACAUAAACCUCAGCCUCACCCAAAAGGGGUCCAGGUGGGUGGCCAGAUUUCUCUCCCUCCCUGCUUUCUAUUGGCCUUAAUUCAUUUUUUCCAUUUUCAGAUGCCCAGUACUCACGUGCAUGUGGUGAAUCGGGAUGAGUGCAACCCUAGCUCUCUCCCCAAGGAGUUUGCAGUCCAGUAGAAAGGGUUGCACACUCCUUUGCUCAUCCUUUUCAUUUGCUGCAGAGCACCGUACGUGCUAAAUCCUGGAUGGCACAGGUAAACGAGCAGUACAAUCAGAAAGUUGGAUGUGUGAGUUGGAUUAGGGUCUGGCUGUUUCGCUCUCUGAACUGUGAGCUCUAAGAGGACAGGGACGUUCGUGGCACCUCAGGAAGGAAACUGCAAGUCCUGUUUCUUCCUCUGUGCUGGUCCUGUGUGCACACAUCUGGGUCUCACAACCAGAAACAAUAAAGUUCUAUUGAUCUUAGUUUUACAGAGGAAGGAAAUGGGGGUUCAGAGGACAUGAGUAACUUGGACAAAGACACACACACACACUGAUGAGUGUACAGUGAGGAUUUCAAUCUGUCUUUCUUGCAGCUAACCUGUGUUCUUCCUCAGCAUUUGGGAAUUAUUCUAAUCACUAAUUCAAAAGACAAGAAUGAGUACUCAAAAAAAAAUUCAAACUUGUGGAAAAACUGCCAAACAAUCAUACAGUUUCUGUAUAUUUCUCCUCCAGCCCGUUCUCAUAGUAACACUCUGUCAGAGCCAAGGGAUUAACAUGCUACGUAAUCCUGACUCAGAGAAACAUUUGGAUUGCAUUGGCAUUUUGGUUCCAGGAUCCCACACUGCAUUUACUGGUUAUUUCUUUGCAAAAACCAAUUGUUUGCCCCCCGAUUUCAGCAUUCAUUGGUGGAUUUUGUCUGCACCAGUUAUUCUUGUGGUGUUUGCCUAAUGAUUUUAUGUUUCCCUGAUUCCCUCUGGCUAUAUUAAUUGGAAUCCACUGUUAGGAAGAAGUAUCCUUUCUCACUCAUUUAUGUUUUUAUUCAAUUAUUUAUUUGUGACAUAGAUAUUUGUUCUAUGGGUUAUAAUCAACUUUUUUUUUUUUUUUUUUUGCUUUGAUUGUUCUAACUAAGGUCAGUACAAACUCCUUUAUGUUGUUUCCUGUGUUCCUUCAACAGGUCCCGUCUUUUAGCAUUUCUGGCGUUUCCAGAUAUUCCAAGGUCAUAUUUUCCCUAUCUCAGCUUUGUAAUCAACUGCUUUUCCAGGGAGUCCCAGCUCUUUUUAUUGGAAACUGGUGUUUAUAUAACAAAAUAUUGUCACUACGUGGUACUUGUUUUGACUAGGUUUGUUCUAUUUUGUUUUUCAGGUUAUCUCAAAAAUUGAGGAGGAGCUUGUCUAGAACUAGGUCAGGUAGGGUACCAUAAUCCAGAGAUUGGUUUCCUUGUCCCGACCACUCUUGUGCAGCUUCUCCUAGUCUCCAAGGCCAUGCACGUUACCCAUUCGUGGAACUCAAGGAUAUCAACUAGAAUGGAUCUCAAAUGUCAACACAGUUCACCCACCCAUUUCAAAGAUAGGGAAACAUAAUUUUCUUAAAGUGGGUCAAUUUAUUCAUUUCUUGAAACAAUUAAAUGCCUACUACAUGCCCUAUGAUAAUAACUGGUAUAUAUAAACAAUUAGGCAGAGUGGGGAGUACAUGCAGAGACACAGGAUAUAGAGUCUCACAGCAUGGAGACAGCUGGGUGAGUUUAGAGAGCUCACAGCUCAGUGGAAUUGGAGCAGGAGAUGCAGGGGGCAAGAUGUGUUCAGGUGGAGAUGGGGAGUGCACAGGAGUGAUUUGACCACACCUGUGCUUAGAAUGGUCACUGCAUAAGUGAGUACAGGAAAACUGGAAUCAGAGAAGCCAGUUAGGACUUUGACCAUGCAGGGGAGAGAUGAUAAAAGGCCUGAACAACAGGCAUGUAGAGGGGACAUGGGCAUAGACCCCUUAGAACGUGGUGAACAAUUAGACAAGUGAGUGAGGGAUGACAGAGAAUAUGAAAUGACACACAGACUUUCUAGACUUGACGGGUAGAUAGUAGCGCUGUUUAUAGGGGUGGGAAGAUACAAAAGGAUGAGCAAAUACAGAAUUAACUGAGUUUGGAUGGAUCUGACUUGGCCUUUGUAUUUCAAGGCAUUCCAGUUUGAUAGGACAAUAUCUGAUAAUUCAUUAUUUAAAAAAAAAUUUAUGUAUUUAUUUUAGAGAGAGCAAGCAGGGGAGGAGCAAAGAGAGGGAGAGAGAAUCCUAAGCAGACUCCCCGCUGAGCAUGGAGCCUGAUAGGUCUGAGCUCCUGACCCUGAGAUUAGGACCUGAGCUAAAACCAAGAGUUGGAUGCUCAACCAACUGAGCCACCCAGAUGCCCCUGAUUCAUUACUUUUUAAGUAAACAUUGACUUCGUGCCUACUGUGUGUCAGAUUCUUUGCUCUGGACAGGGCAGGGUGAGGUGUGCAGCCUGGUGAACAAAGUCCAUAGGGAGCUCACAGUCUCUGUAGAGAGAUGAGCUGUAUUAAGGAUAUAAAAACUACAGCAUGGGGCAAAAUUUGAGCAGUGCUUUUCCAGUACCACAUCUCAGGGGAAAAGAGGAAACAUUCAAGAGACAGUCACUAGUCAGUAUUUGGCUGAAAUACAGUAUGCUCAUGAAGACGGUAAGAUGGUUACAAUGGUUGGGUCCAUAUUGCCACACACUUCAAAUACCAUGCUUAGAAGUUUGUACUUCGUUGUGGGUGCUUUUUUUUUUUUUUUGGCAAGGAAUGAUAUGAUCAGUAGGCUUUUGAAUCAGAAUCCAUGAGUGAAUUAAGUGAGGGUCAAAAUUAAGAAUCUCUUCCUUUCCUCAUUGUCUAUGGGAUACCUUCAUUGUGUAUCAUCCUGACUCAUUUCCAGGAUCUUAACAUUGAGCCCUCCAAAUGGUUUUUUGUUCAGACCUUCAAAACUCCCCAUAAUGCACAGGCGGCAUCACAAGUUUCUGAAAGUAAAAGCUUCAGUGAGAUAGGGUCUUUACUAAGAAAUAAUAAAGCCCACUGUAGGUAAGGUAGGAGCCAUGUGGAGGAGAGUAGCAUGGAGGCCGUCAUGCAGUCAGCAGAGUGUGCUGAGGGCAUCACUGGUACCAGAACAUCUGUGACCAAGGGGUCCAUCAUAAGAGAUACGGGUCAUUGAGAGCAAGAUAUUUCCAGAUAGCUUCCUUUUUGCAUUGAAUAAGUAGGACUUGCCUUUUCACAAUAAAUACUAUUGUCUUUUUUCAUUUACAUGUUCCAUAGUAAUGACCCCAAGAGAUUCUGUGACAUCAACUAAGCUGUAGCCCGAGACUCUAGUUUCCUACACAGCUCUACUCAAAACCUUUGCUCAAUGGAGCCAACAGGAGUGCUGCUCCUUGCCUUAAGCACCGUCUGCCUUUGGUUCCUUGGGCUAUACUGAAAGUCACAUUCUGUUCUCUGGGAAGCACCUCCAUUUCUCCUUCCUCAUUCUCUUCCCUCUGAAGGUCAACUAUCAAAGAUGUUACAUCUGUUAGACUAAGGAAGAAUGGGACUUGUGUCCACUCAGGAUACUCAUGGGUGGGGGGAGGAAGAGUACAGCCACGUUUUCAGUAAUAAGAAUAAAAACGAUCAUCUAGAGUUAGCAGUUUCACAUCUAGGUCAAUACCCUGAGGAGACUCCUACGUGUAUUCCAGAAGAAAACUGAGAGUUCUGGAGCAAAGCACAGAGAUAUCUCCCAUGUUCAUCAAAUGAAGAAUUGAUCAAUUACGGUGUAUAUGUACAGUGGGAUACUACACCACAUUGGCAGAUGUGCACGUUGGUAAGGAAGAAUGGCUCCGAUGAUUAAAAGAAGCAAGUCAAAAAUUAGAAUUUCAUUUAUAGAAUGGUUUUGAAAAUGAGACCAAACAAGAUAUGACUGCAUAUUUGGUGGUUUCUCUUGAGAAAGUUCUCUCUAUGAUGGAAAAGAGGUGUCCUCUGGGAGAUAUACACAAGAGACCCAACAGUGCUGAAAAGUUCAUAAAUAAGGUUUUGGAUAUACAAGUAAUUUGCAUAUUUUAACAUUUUUUUUUUUUAAGAUUUUAUUUAUUUGCGAGAGAGAGCACAGUGGGAGGGAGGAGCAGGCUCCCUGCUGAGCAGGGAACCCCACAUGGGGCUCGAUCACAGGAUCCUGAGAUCAUGACCUGAGCCGAAGGCAGACACUUAACCAACUGAGCCACCCAGGCUCCCCAGUAUUUUAACAUUUCUGAAAGCAGGAUGGUUCCUAAGUGAUAUGGUUAUCAUUGCCUUAAAAAUAAACCAAUUUAUUUGAGUAGCUUUAGUUUUCAUGUAGUUACGGGAGUAAUAUGUGCCAAAAAUUAGUCUGAAGGAUAAUCCAUGAGUGAAUUAAGUGAGGGUCAAAAUUAAGAAUCUCUUCCUUUCCUCAUUGUCUAUGGGAUACCUUCAUUGUGUAUCAUCCUGACUCAUUUUCAGGAUCUUAACAUUGAGCCCUCCAAAUGGUUUUUUGUUCAGACCUUCAAAACUCCCCAUAAUGCACAGGCGGCAUCACAAGUUUCUGAAAGUAAAAGCUUCAGUGAGAUAGGCUCUAUUUGUAUGAAAUACAAAUUUUCAGUAACAAGAAAUCAUUGUAUUAGUUGGCAACAUUUUUCUUUGUUAUGAUGCAUAAAGUAUUAUCUUUUGAACUGAUAGCAUUAUAGUUCAAGUGAAAUACUGACUUUUGCUUUAAUCCAUACAUGUAUGAUACAUAUAGAUACUUUUUUGCAUACAUGGUAUAUUUUAUGGCAAAAAAUACUGUCUUCAUACCUUCAUCUGUGUACAGAUACAAAUACAUUUAAUAUAGGACCACUUGACUGGGGAAUAGGAGGGAUUGUGUCAGAGACUACUAGUUGACUACUCAUUGUCCAUUCUUGCUUUCCUUAUUAACGACCUUAAUUUAAUUGGGAACAAGGCCCCCCAUAGCAUUGGCUUCUUACUGCCUGAGGGCACUUAGAGAAGGAAGCAUGGUUUAUUAAUUUUGCUGGUAGGUGUUCCACUUUGUUGAGAUAAGCCUCUUCAUUUUUCAUCAUGUUUUGAAAAUAUAUUUUAAUGACCUGUGUUAACUGUCUUUUUUUUUUUUUUGAGACAUUAAGGUUUUCCAUUUUAUUUUAUUUGUCAGUGUUGUGGCAUUAUAUUCUGGUCAACUGAAUAAUAUGGUUUUUUAAUACUAUUAAUAAUAACACUAUUAUUAAUAAUAGCUUUUUAAUACAUCCUAUGGAUAAAGAUGAUCUUUGAGUUUGUAUCUGACCUGCUUAGGUUCAGCCAUAAGUCCUACUUGCCACCUAUGGGUUUUGCUUUCUACAUCAAUUUGAUUUAAAAUAAAAAUGGGUGGAUUGCUCCAGGUAGCAUUGACAUCUUCACAAUAUUUGUUCUUCCAAUCCAUGAGCAUGGAACGUUUUUCCAUUUCUUUGUGUCUUCCUCAAUUUCUUUCAUGAGUAUUUUAUACUUUUCUGAGUACAGAUACUUUGCCUCUUUGGUUAGAUUUAUUCCUCGGUAUCUUAUGGUUUUGGGUGCAAUUGUAAAUGGGAUCGACUCCUUAAUUUCCCUUUCUUCUGUCCUGUUGUUGGUGUAUAGGAAUGCCACUGACUUCUGUGCAUUGAUUUUAUAUCCUGCCACUUUACUGAAUGCAAUUCCUAUCAAAAUACCAUCAACUUUUUUCAAAGAAAUGGAACAAAUAAUCCUAAAAUAUGUAUAGAACCAGAAAAGACCCCAGAUAGCCAGAGGAAUGUUGAAAAAGAAAAGCAAAGCUGGUGGCAUCACAAUUCCGUACUUCAAGCUCUACUACAAAGCUGUCAUUGGGGUGCCUGGGUGGCUCAGUCGUUAGGCAUCUGCCUUCAGCUCAGGUCAUGAUCUUAGGGUCCUGGGAUCGAGCCCCACGUUGGGCUCCCUGCUCGGUGGAGAGCCUGCUUCUCCCUCUCCCACUCCCCUUGCUUGUGUUCCCUCUCUCACUGUGUCUCUCUCUGUCAAAUAAAUAAAUAAAAUCUUUAAAAAAAAAAAGCUGUCAUCAUCAAGACAGUAUGGUACUGGCUCAAAAACAGACACAUAGAUCAAUGGAACAGAAUAAAGAGCCCAGAAAUGGACCCUCAACUCUAUGGUCAACUAAUCUUUGACAAAGUAGGAAAGAAUGUCCAAUGGAAGAAAGACAGUCUCUUCAACAAUGGUGUUGGGAAAAUUGGACAGCCACAUGCAGAAGAAUGAAACUGGACCAUUUCCUUACACCACACAAAAAAUAAACUCAAAAUGGAUGAAAGACCUAAAUGUGAGACAGGAGUCCAUCAAAAUCCCAAAGGAGAACACAGGCAGCAACCUCUUCAACCUCAGCCAAAGCAACUUCUUCCUAGAAACAUUGCCAAAGGCAAGGGAAGCAAGGUCAAAAAUGAACUUUUGGGACUUUAUCAAGAUAAAAAGCUUUUGCACAGCAAAAGAAACAGUCAACAAAACCAAAAGACAACCAACAGAAUGGGAGUAGAUAUUUGCAAAUGAUAUAUCAGAUAAAGGACUUGUAUCCAAAAUCUAUAAAGAACUUAUCAAACUCAACACCCAAAGAACAAAUGAUCCAAUCAAGAACUGGGCAGAAGACAUGAA